AUGACGGUCCCCUCACUAUUUACUCUACUACUGGCACUUGCUGUCUCGCUUUGGAGCUCCAAUGUAUCAGCAUCACCAGAAUACCAUGAACAACUCCUCCUCCAACCCCUUCCUCAAUCCUCCCUUCUAGCUUCGUUCAACUUCCGGAGCAAUACCUCUCAGCAGUCGUUUGACAACCAACAUUUCCGAUAUUUCCCACGUGCUUUGGGCCAGAUUCUUCAACAUGCACACACCAAAGAGCUUCACUUACGGUUUACUACAGGGAGGUGGGAUGCUGGAAGCUGGGGUCCACGGCCAUGGGAUGGCAGUAAGGAAGGCGGUACUGGUGUAGAACUAUGGGCAUGGAUUGAUGCCAAUGAUGAUGAUGAAGCAUUUGCGAAAUGGAUCACCCUAACCCAGUCCCUAUCUGGACUGUUCUGUGCUUCGCUGAAUUUCGUGGACUCGACUCGGACGACUCGACCGGUGGUGUCAUUUGAACCCACUGGGGAUCACUCUGAUGCAAAUGGAUUACACCUCCUCCAUGGAACUCUACCUGGAGAGGUUGUUUGCACAGAGAAUCUGACACCGUUCUUAAAGCUGCUCCCGUGCAAGGGUAAAACAGGUAUUUCCAGCCUGUUUGAUGGCCACAAACUAUUCGAUGCAGCAUGGCAGAGUAUGUCUGUAGAUAUGCGACCAAUCUGCCCAGAAGAGGGCGAUUGCAUUGUCCAGAUUGAGCAGACGGUGGACAUGGUUUUGGAUAUUGAACGGUCGAAGCGACCUCGAGAUAACCCAAUUCCUCGCCCUGUCCCGAAUGACCAGUUAGUCUGCGAUACAUCGAAACCUUAUAACUCAGAGGAUACCUGCUAUCCAUUGGAGACAGUGACCGAGAAGCCUUGGAGCCUGCAAGAAGUGUUUGGACGCCCCUUGAACGGUGCAUGCCCUCUUACAGACUCCGAUGGCUCCAGCGUCGAAUCUAUUUGUCUCCGAGUUCCACAUGAACGAACCGUAUUUACCUCUGACGGUGCCAUUGAAGCCAAGAAAGAUGAUGGCUUCAGUCGUUGCUUUACCUUGCCGGCUUCUGAACCCUUUGACCUCAUGGUACCUGAACAAACCAUGAACUCUCACGUCCCAAUCGAGGUGCCCAUUCUGCAUGCCGAGAGAACUAUUAUCGGUCACGGCCAAGGACGCGGUGGCAUGCGUAUCAUCUUCGACAACCCGUCUAAUACCACUGCAGUGGACUUUAUCUAUUUUGAAACACUUCCAUGGUUCAUCCGACCAUACAUCCACACAUUGCAGGCCACCAUUCGCGGCCACGAUGGCGUACGACGGGAGAUCCGUGCUGACGAUCUUAUCAGCGAGACCUUCUAUCGACCGGCCAUCGACCGUGAACGCGGCAAUCAGCUGGAACUGGCACUAUCCGUCCCGGCUGCUUCUACGGUCACCCUCACAUAUGACUUUGAGAAGGCGAUUCUGCGCUACACCGAGUACCCACCAGAUGCCAACCGAGGGUUCAAUGUUGCACCCUCUGUCAUCCGCAUUCUGAACGGCGAAGACAAGCCCGUCUACAUUCGUUCUACCAGCCUUCUUCUCCCGCUGCCCACACCUGAUUUCAGUAUGCCCUACAACGUAAUCAUCCUGACUAGUACUGUGAUUGCACUCUCGUUUGGUACCAUCUUCAAUAUAUUGGUGCGACGAGUCGUAUCUGCAGAUGAAGCAGCUGCCCUCGGUGCUCAGACUCUCAAGGGCCGUAUUCUCGGCAAGUUGUUGGCUAUCAGAGAUCGCAUCCGCUCAAAGUCUAUCAAGAUUGAGUAG